CGAUACAAACAGUGAUGGAAAACAUAUGAGCAGUAACAAGUUUUAAUCUCGCUUCUCAGUACUAACAUGGGCUAAUCUGUGGAAGCAGCUUAUUCCAGUGUCACCCAGGGUGCAGCCACACCAGGCUCUGCAGAAGGGUGUUUUUCUUUUAAAUGUAAUACCUUCUCAUAUUUUCUUCUUAAAUAGUAGCUGAGAACAUUUACGUUAUAGAUAAGUAGUACAUGGUGGAAAAUUCUACUUUCAAGAGAACUUACUCUCUUCUUACAAGAGUAAAUGGUGCUAGCCCUCAAGAAAUUUUGGCUCCAGACUAUUUUGAAGUUCUAGAUUGGUCCCCUACACAGGACAACAUGAAGGAGUAUGUGCUGCUAGUGUUCUUGACUUUGUGCUCUGCCAAACCCUUGCUUCACCCUUCGUACCUGACACUGAAGAAUAUGAUGCUGAAGGACAUGGAAGACGAAGGUGAUGGUGAUGCUGACAACUCUCUUUUUCCAACAAGAGAGCCAAUUAACCCCUUCUUCCCAUUCGAUCUGUUUCCAACAUGUCCGUUUGGAUGCCAAUGCUACUCGAGAGUUGUACACUGUUCUGAUCUAGGUUUGUCCUCUGUCCCAAGCAACAUUCCAUUUGAUACCCGAAUGGUUGACCUUCAAAACAAUAAAAUUAUGGAAAUCAAAGAAAAUGAUUUUAAAGGACUCAUCUCACUUUAUGCUUUGAUUCUGAACAACAACAAGCUAACAAAGAUUCACCCCAAAGCCUUUCUAACCACAAAGAAGUUGCGAAGGCUAUAUCUGUCCCACAAUCAACUAAGUGAAAUACCACUUAAUCUUCCCAAAUCGUUAGCAGAACUCAGAAUUCAUGACAAUAAAGUUAAGAAAAUACAAAAGGAGACAUUCAAAGGAAUGAAUUCUUUACAUGUGCUAGAACUACCUUCAACUUUACUGGAGCUACAUUUAGAUUAUAAUAAAAUUUCAACUGUGGAACUAGAGGAUUUUAAACGAUACAAAGAUCUGCAAAGGCUGGGUCUAGGAAACAACAGAAUCACAGAUAUCGAAAAUGGAAGUCUUGCUAACAUACCACGUGUGAGAGAAAUACACUUGGAAAACAAUAAACUGAAAAAAAUCCCUUCAGGAUUACAAGAGUUGAAGUACCUCCAGAUAAUCUUCCUUCAUUCUAAUUCAAUUACAAAAGUGGGAGUGAAUGACUUCUGCCCAACAGUGCCAAAGAUGAAGAAGUCUUUAUACAGUGCAAUAAGUUUAUUCAACAACCCAGUGAAGUAUUGGGAAGUACAACCUGCAACAUUUCGUUGUGUUUUGAGCAGAAUGAGUGUUCAGCUUGGGAACUUCAGAAAGUAAUAAUUAGUAAUUAGUGAUAUCCAUUUAAUGUAAAAUUCAAAAAUUGUUACAUUUGGAAUACUUGAACUCUAUUUAAAAUGGUGGUAUUAUGCACAUAAGCAAAAAAUCUAUUCCCAUGUGGUAAGUCCACUGACUUACUGUACGACAAAAAAUUUCAACAGAAUUUUGCAAAAACUAUUGAUACAUCAGGAAUAAAGGAAAUAAGUAUCUGUUGCAGUUUCCUUUUACAUAUAAAUGAUUUUGCAUAAAUCUCAUGCUUGAAUGUUCUUUCUCAGUAACAAAAAAUAAGACAUUCAGUAUUUAACACUUUGUUAUCAAGUGCAUUUAAAAAAGAACUGUACUGUAAAUGGAAUGCUUGACUUAACAAACUUUGUGCUCUUUCAUCUGCUAUUAGAAAAAGAAAAUUGACAAGUACGGUUAUAUAGAGUAUGUUAUAUUAUUCUUAUUCUGUCUUUAAAAACUUGGGUAUUACUGUAAUAUUUCUAAUAAUGUUUAAGUAUGGUUUGAUAUAAUCUUAUUCAAAUUCUCAUGCCUUAGAGCCUUACUGUCUUUAUGUUUAAAACUCCUUAUAAUAAAGCCUUCAGUGAGUGUUUAUUACCAACUCAACAGAUGCUAUUCAUAACAGCUUUUUUCAAGCUGUAGCACAUGCUUUUCUUUUUAACUAUUAUUACCUGAUUAUAAAACCUCUAUAGAAAUGCAUAGUGAGUGUUUAUAUAAAAUCUCACACUUUUUAUUAUCACAGUUAUUAUAAGCUUUUAACAGUGUAUCAAUUGUUAGGUUAUAUAACACUGUCACCUCAAUGCUGAGGAAUAUUUUUGAGAUGUCCCUUUGUAAGACCUUCGUUGGAAGAGACUGGAUACUAUCAACUCUACACCAAACUGUCUCCUUAAAUAUGCACAAACUGGAUAACUCUGAAAAACACACCUGGUAUAACUGAAUAGGCAGAGCAUUAAAUAGAAUGCACAGCUCUGUAUAAAAAUUAAGAGGACUUACAUAUAUUUUUGUUGGUGUUCAACAUAAGUAAAACUAGAAAAUAAGGAAACAUUAAAAUACUGGUUUGAAAUAAAAUAUUUUGCUUUGGUUUAAUUUUUCUUCUCCCAUUCAGGAACAUAAACUAUUUUUUAUAAAACUCUUAUAUUUUUACUAAAACAUUUUUAGUAAAGUGUUAAUGCUUAUUCUUAAUAAUAGUACCGAAAUAUCCCAAAUUAUACCUGUGCCAUGAAAGAUAAUCACCUUUAUGGUAAACCACCUCAAAAACUAGACUUUAAAUAAUUUUGGGGAGAGCAGUACCUUACAGAUAUGUAAAAUGGGGUGGAGGGUCUGGAUAUCCAGGUCAAGAAUGGGUAAAUAGGUCUUCUUCUUCAUAGUGAGGUUCCCCAACUCUGGCACUGCUGACACUCUAGGCUGGAUCAUUCUCUGUGGGGAGUGCUAUCCUGUCCUUUGCAGAAUGUCUGGCAGCUCCCUGGUCUCUACUCACUAGAUGCCAGCAGCACUUGCACGCCGGCCCCACAGUGUGACAAUCAACAAUUUCUCCCCAAAACACCAAUGUCCCGGGGGAAGGGGUGGAGCCAAAUUGCAGCUGGUUGAGAACUACUGCUUUAUAGAAAAUUUACUUAAUUUCUAAAUUCUGACACAAAUUUGGAAACCUGAAACAAAAUAGUUAGUAUUUUUGUUUGGUAAAACUGUAGGGGCAAGACUAAAGUGUGAUUAAAAUAAUAGCACCAGUAGUGAUGUAACAGAAAGAGCCCAGGGAUACAGAGCUCUGAGUUGGAAAAACAUACACAGAAGUCCAGUUCCACUUAUAGUCUUGGGCAAAUCACAAUCUCUUUGAACCUGUCUUCUCAUCUAUAAAGGGUAGGGAUGAGAAUACUGAUCAAAUAAGUUGCUAUAAGAACUGAAUAAUAAAAGUAUAUGUGAAAAUGCUUUGUAAACCAUAAAGAUUCAUGAAACAUGCAUAACUGUUACACUGGACAAUAAUUUACUGCAAGAAAAAUUAAAGAUUAAGAAGUCCUUUAAAAACAGAAGAAUACCUAACAAUGAUAAUCAUCCUAAAAUUAAAAUGUUCUAAAGUUUUAAUAGUUUUAAUAAAUAAAAUUCAUUUUUCUUUCUUUUUUUAAAUCCAUUUUCUACAAUAUAUCAUAAAAAUAAAAUUGUGACAUCAUGCCACUUAUAAGAACAUAAGUAGAAGUGAAAUGUUCACUGAAAUUGUAAGAAUCCAGUUCUUGAAAUUAAAUUAAAUUCAUAAGGUUAGUGCUAAGGUUAGAAUCAUCUAAACAAAUAGAUUAGUCUAUGAUCUGAAUAGAGAAGCUUAAAGUAGCUAAAUUAACCUUUUCUAAAAAGAAAAGACAGCAAAAUUUUUAAAAUACUGGAAAUGAUUCCUGAAAUCACUGCAAUUAAUUUCCUGUAUUUAAUGUUUGUGUUUUUCAUCCCACAGC